UUUGUUUGUUUGCUGGUCUCUUCUUUCUCUUCUCAUACACGAAAACCAAAAACAAAACAGAAGAAAACGAAAAAAAAAAAAACACGCACAAACACACUCUCACAGUUACGCCGUUGCCGCCGCACACACAACCAGAAUUAUCGGCUUCACUUUGUUGUGUUUUCGACAUUUGUUGCCAGUCGAUUGUAAGCCGCCGAUGACGUCGGUUUGGUGAGAGAAAAUAAAGAAGAAAAAAAUAAAAUAAAUAGAAAAGUUAUGAUUAAUUUAUAAAGAAAAGUAGAUUUUUUUUAUAUUAUUUUUUGAGUUUUAAAAUAUAUUUAUACUAUAAAAAUAGUGGCUAACAGUGAACAGUUUUUUUUUCUUAAAUAACGGAAAAGAAAUAAAAAAAUAUUAAACGCGUUUUAAGUUGUUACAAUAAAUAAAAGUGUUAUUUAUAUUCUAUGACAAACUGCAACAAGAACUUUUUAUGUUUAUUAAGCAUUGCUAUUGCAUCCAUUUACUUAACUAAUUGGAGUCUUCUGAUGGCUGAUAACUAAAUAAAUAAAUAUUUAUUAUAAAGUUAUUUUAUAACAGUUAUAAAGGAUGAAAAUAGAAAAAGUAUGCAACAACAACAAUAGAUAUUUUCAAUUAGUUGUUUUUGGUAUGAUAAACAUCAAUUAACACGAAUCAACAAUAUUUGACAGAUAACGUUAAAGUUUAAAUAAAUAAUAGCAUAAACAAACAAAACAACAACAACAAACACACAUACUCAUUUAAAGUGUCAGUGCUGAGUUUAUUUAUAAGUUAAGCAACAAAAUAAUAAAUAAUAAAACUAAACGAAACGAAAAAAAAGAAAAUAUUUUUAAUUUUCUAUGGAAUGAUAAACGGAAAUACCAAAGUAACAACAACAACAACAACAGCAAUAAUCAGGCAGCCACAACAAAUCUACAAAAUAAACACGAAUCCAAAAGCAAACAAAAUAAAAAUAUAAUUUCAAAAAACUCAAACAAAAACAAAAAAAGCAACAAGAGAAAAUUAAGAAAUAAAUAAAAACAAAUACAAAGGGCAAAUUGCAUUGUAGAGAAGAGCCAAGAUAAGCGAAUUUAAUAAUAAAAAAGCAACAAAAACAACAUCUAAAAGAAGACUAGUAGAAAGAAACAAAGCAAAAUAACUUAAAACAAAAACAGACGGAAGUAAUAAUAUAUUUACACAACCAAAAAGUAAUAAACAUACACACAAACCUACAAAACAAAAACAAACACUAGAACAACAACAACAAAACACAACUCUCAGUGCAUUUAAUGAAAAAAAAAGAACACACUCUAUAGAAAAAAGAGUAAUAAAAACUACAAAAAUAUUAAAGGAAAACUAAAGUGCAAAAGCAAUAAGCUGUAAAAAAGUAAUAAAAUCAACAACAAUAAACUAAGGCAUUUACAAAAGAAGAAGAAGAAGCAGCAACAGAAGAAAGAAACUAAAAUAAUUUAAAAACAAAACUCUCUUGCUCAUUGCACUUCAAACAAAAAUAAAGAGGAAACAAGAAUGCUGAGUGGACAUUAAACAAAAACAGCAAAAUAGCAACAAAUAAAUAAAACAGUUUAAUAAAAUAAAUAAAAAAACUAAAAAAAAGUGUUGCUGGCUGUUGUAAAUAAUUCAAACCGGAACUUUUUCCUCACUACUUCUAAAAUAAAAGACACAUUUGUUUGUGUUUUAAGAAAAGAGAUUAGCAAAAGCCGCCACCUUUAGUUGUGUUAAAAGAGUUUUAACUUAGAAAGGCUGGUCUGGGGGCAUUUGAAUAUCAUCAUCAUCAUCAUCAUCAUUACUAACUUCAACAACAACAGUGUGAAAUUGAUUAACAUUUCCCACUCGAAACAUUUCUUUCUUCUUCCUUCAACAAUAUUUCCGUGUUUGUUUGGCUUCACUGGCAACUAAUGACAGUUCUUGCUGGAUGAUCAUCAUCGUAGUUUGAAAUAAAACGUUUUUUUUUAUUUGAAAAGAAAAGCAGUAAACAUUAUCGCUAUAACGUGAUUUGUGAUUGUCUUAUAGAUGUGGUCCUCCGUUCUGCAGCAAGAAGGAAAUAGUUAUUUUUAAAUUUGUUCAAAUAAAUUCAAAAUGAAAAUGCUUCCGGUACAAUUAUCGUUGAAUCCGCCUUUGGGUCUUUGGAGUGAUAUGUUAUGGCGUUGUCCACCAGCACCGCCUAGUCAAUUGGCCGAGCUAAAGACCCAGCUGCCGCCGUCUUUACCCUCAGAUCCUCGCCUUUGGAGUCGUGAAGAUGUGGCGGUAUUUUUGCAUUUCUGUGAGCGUGAAUUUGACCUGCCAAAAGUUGAUUAUGAUCUCUUUCAAAUGAAUGGCAAAGCCCUGUGCCUGCUCACACGUGCCGAUUUUGGUCAUCGUUGCCCCGGUGCCGGCGAUGUUCUACAUAAUGUACUGCAAAUGUUAGUGAUUGAAUCACAUAUGAUGCAGUGGCAUUUACCCAAUAGCCCUGUGACACCCACUAGUCGCUAUCCCCUGUCGCCGCACAGUCAUCCACCCACACCUACUUGGCCCCCUAUAGGGCCGCCAGAAAGUGCCUUUCAUCAAACCUCUCAUCUAACUCCACAUCAUUUUAUGACACCGAAUUCGGUGACAUUAAGUCCCCCGCCUUCAGUAGAUUCACAAGCCAGUAGCCCGCCUCAAAAUCAGGAUCAACAGAAUGGUUCUGCCACACAAUCGACCAGCAAUAGCAGUAGUAGCAGCAGUAGCAGUUCUAGCAGUACUACCAGUUCUUCUUCAAAUGCAGCUGCUGCGGCCGCUCUGGGUUUAUCCACACCCAAUUCAUUUAGUGGUUUAAAAAAUAACACUAAUAACGCCAGUGGCCACCAUUCUGAUUCCGAGGAGGAAAGUUAUUCAGAGCCACCCAAUGCUAAUAGCACAAUUGUUAAUUAUUCUAAUUAUCCUGCUGCCUCGGCUGUAGCUCAAUAUAAUAACAGUCCGCCUACAACCCCUAUUCUAAAAGACAUGCCGCAAAGUCUUAAGCAACAAAUUAAAAAUACUUUUGUUAAUUCAUGGUCUCAACAACAACAACAACAGCAGCAGCAGCAACAUCAACAGCAGCAAUUGGCUUUGGAACAGAAAUUACCACAGAGUGGUUCGGUGUCAGCACCUACAACACCCAGUUAUGUGCAACCUGUUAAAAGGGAAUUCUUUCCCGAUAAAACUGACAAUCGUUAUAUGCAACCAGUAAAACGUGAAUUCUUUCCGGAAAACACUGAACCCAAUACAAAUGGCCGUUUAUUAUGGGAUUUUCUACAACAACUGCUAAAUGAUCGCAAUCAAAAGUAUAGCGAUUUAAUUGCCUGGAAAUGUCGUGAUACUGGUGUUUUCAAAAUUGUUGAUCCUGCUGGGCUGGCCAAAUUGUGGGGCAUACAAAAGAAUCAUUUAUCCAUGAACUAUGAUAAAAUGUCACGUGCUCUACGUUAUUAUUAUAGAGUGAAUAUAUUACGUAAGGUACAGGGCGAACGUCACUGUUAUCAAUUCUUGCGCAAUCCAACAGAAUUGAAAAAUAUCAAGAAUAUUUCCUUACUAAGACAAUCGGUCAAUCAGAAUGGCAAUAAUGCCAAUAAUACAAACAACAACAACAACAAUAGCAAUAAUCUUGCUGGCAAUCAAAGUUCGUCAGCUGGUGGUCUACAAACAACAUCACCGUCUACAAAUGGUACAAAUUGGGCAAUGCCGGUACAACAUUCAGCCCAACAACAACAGCAACAACAGCAGCAGCAACAAACACCCCAACGUCCUACAUCAACACAGGGCAAUAAUAGUAAUCAUUUAACUUUGCCCAAUGGUAUAUCUUCGGCUGCAGCUGCUGUAGCCGCUGCUGCAGCGGCUGCCUAUGGUCCACCGCCUUCUUCGCCCUUAUUUAUGCACGCUAUAAACGGUGCCUUCCAUUACCUGUCUUCCAAUGGUGUACCACCAAAUUCACCUGCAGCUUUACCCACAACGCCAAAUGAGAAAUUCCAAUUUAAUGUGGUCAAACCAGAACAAAAUCAACAAACAUCGCCGCAAAACAAUAACAAUGCCGAAGAAAUGAAACCCACAGACUUGAGUGUUACGGGUAGUAAUGGCAAUAGUGAAAAAAGACCUUAUUCCAGUCCUUCAGCUAAUGAUGAUUGUUUUCCAUUGAUACGUAAUGCUGAUGGCCUUACCACCAUUAAACUGAUACGUUAUAAUGAUAACGAAACUAAUCAAGCUGCCCUGCUUAAUGAAACUAAUGAAAAUUCAACACAACAAAAAUGCAAUACACCCACACCCAUGGAUAGUGAAUCAAGUGAAAUGGAUGCCAGCCCUUCACACGACAACAUGGGAGCAACCGAUUUAAGAAAGUAAAUUACAUUAUUUGGAGUUACUUUAGGACAAGACAAUCAUAUGUAAAAUACACAUGUAAACUUUUACAAUAA